GGCUGAUCUGCACUUUCUGAUACUACCCUCCUUUCGUCUAUUCUCGUUUUGCCUGCAAGAAUGGCUCAUAAGAUCUCCUGCACUAAACUUCUUCCUCUCCUAGUCCUAUCAGGACUUCUAUUUCCUGGAACUGUAAAGUCUGCACUUUCCAGUGGGGCAAUCGCUUCAGGUUGCUUCGAAAGUGAAAGAGAAGCACUCGCCAAGUUGAAAGGUGGCUUCACAGAUCCUUCAGGCCGGCUUGCUUCGUGGGUUGGGAAAGAUUGCUGCCAAUGGAGAGGAAUUGCAUGCAGCAACCUGACUGGGCGAGUCAUUGAGAUUAAUCUCCACAAUCCAUAUGUGGAUGAUAAUCUAAGCAGCGAUCUCAAGCCAGGACAAGCGCUGGGGGGUGAGAUCAGUCCUUCUCUGCUUGAUGUAAAAGAGUUGAAGUACUUGGAUUUGAGCAUGAACAAUUUUGGAGGCACCAAACUCCCAGGUUUCAUCGGUUCCCUAAAGCAGCUGAGAUACCUCAAUCUGUCGGGUGCAUCUUUUGGCGGAACGAUCCCUCCGAGUCUCAGGAAUCUUUCGCAACUGCAGCAUCUGGACCUCAGCAAUUCUUUUGCUGAAUCAAGCCGAAAUGAUCUUCUCUGGCUUCCUGGCCUUUCUUCCCUUAGAUAUCUUAAUCUUGGAGCCAUUGAUCUCAGUAAAGCCGCCGAUCAUUGGCUUCAAGCUAUCAAUUCGCUACCUUCUCUCACAGAGUUGCGCUUGCCCAACUGUUUCUUGUCAAAACUUCCUCUUUCUCUUCCAUUCAUCAACGUCACAUCGCUUGAGAUCCUUGAUCUCUCGAACGAUGACUUCAACUCUACGUUGCCCUGGUGGCUGUUCAAUCUCACUCGCCUUGUUCAUCUUGAUCUUAACUCAAAUAGUCUCGGGGGUGAGCUUCCAGAUGAAUUUGCUAAUUUAGCAUCCCUCCAAGAACUCGACAUGUCCCAGAAUUCGUACCUCAAAGGUCGGCUUCCGAAAUCCUUGGGGAGCUUAUGUGAUUUGAGUGUCCUAAAGCUUUCUGUCAAUAACAUCACCGGUGAUAUAACUGAUUUUAUCAAUGGGUUAGCUCGAUGCAAUGAUAGCAAGUUGGAGAAUCUGGACUUGGGGAACAAUCAGUUGUCUGGUAAUCUGCCAGAUUCUCUAGGAAACCUGAAGAAGUUAAGGUACCUCCAAUUUUCAUCUAAUUCAUUUCAAGGUUCUAUUCCACGGACGAUUGGAAACUCGUCGUCUUUGAAAGAGUUUUACAUUGCCGACAAUGGGAUGAGUGGGAUUCCUGAAAGUUUUGGGCAACUGUCCACGUUGGUCGCGGUGGAUCUCUCUGAGAACUUGUGGGAAGGAGUGGUGACGGAGCGCCACCUGGCCAACCUCUCGAGUCUCACGGAUCUUAACUUGAAUAAACUGUCUCCAAACAUUUCCUUGGCAUUUAACAUAGCCCCUGGUUGGAUUCCUCCCUUCAAGCUCAGGUACCUGAACAUCAGGUCUUGCCAAUUGGGUCCCGAGUUUCCUACUUGGCUCAGGAAUCAAAACGACCUCAAGACCGUGGUGUUGAAAAACGCCAGAAUUUCGGGAACCAUACCUGAAUGGUUCUUGCAGCUGAAUCUGCAAUUAGAUGAACUAGGUGUCGCAUAUAAUCAACUCACUGGCAAGCCACCCACCUCGCUGACAUUUGUAGACGAUCAGUCCAAUGUCGCCUUGAGUUCGAACUCUUACGAAGGUCCUCUUCCUAUGUGGUCUUCCAAUGUGACGACACUGUAUCUCAGAGAUAACCACUUCUCCGGUCCCAUUCCUCCUGACAUCGGCGAACUCAUGCCUCACCUGACAGAUUUAGACAUAUCUCGGAAUGCCCUAAAUGGUACCAUUCCCUUGUCCAUCGGGAAAAUGACCAAUUUGACAACCUUAGUCAUCUCCAACAACCACCUAUCCGGAGAAAUACCGCGGUUCUGGAGCAACUUGCCCUUCCUGUAUAUUCUUGACAUGUCAAACAAUAGCCUUUCAGGUCCAAUACCGAGAGAGGUCGGCUUUCUUUCCUCUCUCGAGUUCUUGAUUCUCAGUAACAACAAUCUCUCUGGCAAACUUCCGUCCUCCUUGCGGAACUGCAGCUCUCUGGACAGUCUCGAUCUAGGCGAGAACAAGUUCUCAGGAAACAUUCCCGCAUGGAUUGCAGAGAGCAUUCCUUCAUUACUGAUUUUGCGCCUGCGGUCCAAUUUGUUUACCGGGAAAAUUCCUCCUCAGAUAUGCCGUCUUUCGAAUCUCCACAUAUUAGACCUCUCUCACAACAGCUUGUCAGGAUCAAUUCCGCCGUGCAUUGGAAACUUAACAGGCUUGAAAGUGGAGCUCACGGAUGCCGACACAGAGAGGUACGAGGGACGCUUGACCGUGGUGGCCAAAGGACGGUUUGUUGUAUAUGACGAAAAGAUUCUUUACCUCGUCAACAGUUUGGAUCUCUCGGACAACCGCUUGUCUGGGGAGAUUCCUGAAGCGAUAACAAACCUCGUGAGGUUGUGGACCUUGAAUUUGUCCACGAACCAUUUCACUGGAAGAAUACCGAUCGACAUUGGGAAGUUGGAAGGGCUAGAAACUCUCGACUUAUCGAGCAACAAUCUCUCGGGACCACUUCCUCCGAGCAUCACCGCUUUAACAAAGCUGAAUCACUUGAAACUGUCAUACAACAACUUGUGGGGGAGAAUCCCGACGGCCAACCAGUUCCAAACACUCAACGACCCAUCGAUUUACGAGGGCAACGUCGGCCUCUGUGGGAUUCCAUUGCCAGAGUUAUGCCCGGGAGACGAGAAACAGCCACAAUCUCCUGAUUAUGGCGGGGGAAACACCAAGAGCGAAGACAGAGGCGAUGAUCUCGAACGUUUGUGGCUCUUCCUGAGUAUUGGGCUCGGUUUCUCUGUCGGGUUCUGGGGCGUCUGCGGCACUUUGAUCUUAAAGAAGUCCUGGAGAGAUGCUUACUAUGGUUACGUGGACAGGAUGAAGAACAAGCUAAUUGUUGCUGCACUCAUCGCAUGUCGGACGGACUAGUAUGCAAGCAUAUGUUCAGAGAUUUGAUUCAGGGCUUACUAUCAU